UUUCCUUGUUAGAAAAAGCUAAGAGCGCGCAGUCAUAGCACCGUGGGGGAAUCUGAAUUUGACACAGAAUUUAAGAUAUUUAUAUAUUUUAGGGUAAUUUACAAUACGUGAGGAUUCAAAAUGUAUUUUGUCGUAGUUUUGCUCUUGUUUGGGACACUUUCAACGGUGAACAGUGAGACAUUGUCGCUGAACUACAUCUACACGGCCCUCUCAAAGCCAGUUGAAUUGCCUGGUAUCCAUGAGUUCACUGCCAUGGGCUUGAUGAAUAACAGACAGAUCGAUUACUAUGACAGUGUGGAUAAAAAGAAGAUUCCCAAACAGGACUGGAUGAGGGAGAAGCUGCCAGCAGACUACUGGGAAAAAGGCACUCAGUCACGCAAGAGCAAGGAGCAGUGGUUCAAAGUAAACGUUGACAUCCUGAUGAACCGCAUGAGGCACAACAAAACUGGUGUCCAUAUCCUUCAGUGGAGGCAUGGCUGUGAGAUUGACAAACAGCCAGACGGCACAUUGAAAUUCAUAAAGGGCACUGACCAAUACAGCUACGAUGGUGACGACUUCCUGGCCUUUGACGAUGCCACUAUGCAGUGGGUGGCACCAGUUGAUCAAGCUCUGCCGACUAAGAGGAAGUGGGACGGGGUGCAGAUCCUCAACCAGUACACCAAGGGCUACCUGGAGAAGGAGUGUGUGGACUGGCUGUCCAAAUUCAUGACAUAUGAGGACAAAGAGGCUAAUAAGCACUCACCUCCAAAGGUAUAUGCAUUUGCUAAAAAAGCCAAAACUGCAGGACAUAUUCGACUGACCUGCAUGGCCACAGGUUUCUAUCCCAAAGAUGUAAUAAUGCAUAUUAAGAAGAAUGGCGUCCAAUUGACCAAACAAGAUGGAGUGCAGUCUGACGGAGUCUUACCCAAUGAUGAAGAGAGCUACCAGAUCAGGAUGAGUGUGCAGAUUCCAGAGGCAGACAAGGAAACUUAUGAAUGCUUUGUCAACCAUAGAACGUUGAAGGAGCCAAUUGUGGCCAAAUGGGAUGGAAAAUGCUGUGAUUGUAGCCAAGGCACAGUUGUUGUCAUUGUUGCUGUUGUUGCGGUGGUCCUCCUGUUAGCUGUGGUUACCUCACUUUUGGUUCUUUGGAGGAUAGGCACAAUAUGUGGUGGUCAAACAGGAGCUCUAAUGCCUACUGGGAAUCAGGCACCUCUGAAUGUGACAACAGAGGACGCAAGCAGCACUUCCUCUGACUCUGGUCAAGGCAGCAAUGAACGUCUAGAGAGGGAGACAAUGCUGACAAAUGGAGUGACAACAGAGGACGCUAGCAGCACUUCCUCUGACUCAGGUCAAGGCAGCAAUUAACGUCUAGAGAGGGAGGUAAUGCUGACAAAUUAAGCCAUUGGGGAGUGACUGACAACGCAUUCAAAUCCAGCAAAGAACGUGUGAUUUUGUUUUGUUAAUCAGCAAAUAUUGUCAAUCUAGAUGUUUUCAUUCCCAUGCAUUGAUCAUUUUGAUCAGGUUGGCUUGGAUAGGAAAUACUUAUUUAUUGACAUUUUGAUAUUUUGAAUACCAUAGUGGAAUUCUUUGUUUGAUUAAAAUGUACCAAAUUAUUUUUCAACAAACGGAUUGACCAUUUUAAUUUAUUGGUAUUGGAACCAUUAGUCUAUUUGUAUUGCACAGUAGAUUAAAAUGAUUGAUUAUUUUAAACUAGAAACCAAUCUUUGCACGCACAGAAACACACACAGAAACACAUACACACACACACACACACUGAACUGCUUUUUAAAUAGGUUUUGUUUUUAUGGAAAGUAUAAUAAAUUAAUAAUUAAUAAAGGACUGCUUUGAUGAACCAAUGUGAAAGCCUCAGUAGCACUUAUAUGUGUUCAACGAUGCAUUCCACAUUUGACUGUUCCAAACAUUAUUGGACCCCUGUUGUGCUUUUGAGUCAUUACAAUAAUAAAACAUACCAAUGAAUAAAGGUAAGAUUAUGCGCAUAUUGCAUGAAGUAGGCCUAGCUACAAUUACAGUUUACACAACAAACCAAACUUGUUUUACCACGUUCCAUGCAGAAAGACUGGCGUUCACCUGAUAGAGAAAGCGAAGGUGCACUGUUGUCGGACUGCAUCUCACGUGGAAAUUUGACCCAGAAUUGAUUUACACUAGCCCUAUUAUUAUUAUUUUCGCGCCAUUCAACAUUCAUGUGAGCAUUCAAAUUGUAUUUUGUCGCACGUUUGUUCCUUUUUGGGACACUUUGACAGUGGACUGUGGGUAGGAAUAUGUAUUUAUCUGUAAUGUUGCUAAAAGUGAAAGUAAAAUGUUGUUUUGGCCAAGUU